UAAAUCAAAUGCAAAACAUGCAUUGCAAGUAUUGAAGAAAAAAUUAAUCCAAUACCCCGAACGUGAAUCAUUUACGAUUAUCGACGGUGACAUUGUUGGCUAUGUAUGGGUAGGCAAUAUGGUGCAAAAUCUUGGAUUUGUUACCAACUCAGCUUGGCAAGUGCUUUACGAAGAAAUUGAUACUCAUGGAAUCCCUAAUUCAAUAUAUAUAGAAUAUGCAAAUGGAGAUCCAAGACAGGGGUAUGGUGUAAUUUUGAACACAGGUGGAAUAUCCAAGCUAGAUGAAGCCCAACAAGCUGUCAAGGCGUGGUCUUCGGGUAAAAACUAUGGCAAGUUUACUGGAAGUUAUAUAUACGAGGCAGAAUCUGUAUGUUAUCUAACUUAUGCCGAACGCAAAAGAAUUGUCAAUGAUCCAGAAGUUGGUGUUUGUAAUUACGUUCGAUAUUUUGAGGGAGAAGACUUACUGGAGAGUACUGGAUUAGACCCAGAGACCAUUUUACUCUAUAACCCACAUCUCAACUUUGACCACUUUCAACAUGGGCAACCAAUAUGCACAAGCAUAGGAAAGUUACCUGACUUGAGACCAGUUCCCAAACCUGAUGGAACUUGUGAACAAUACACAGUGAUGAAUGGCGAUACAUGUGAAUCAAUUGCUAUGCAUUUCUAUCCGCUCAGUAUUGAUGCCAUUGAAACAUUUAACCAGAAUAGUUUGGUUUGGGAAAGUUGUGAUGACUUGAGUGUGGGAGAUACAAUUUGUGUUUCUGAGGGAACAGUACCGCGACCAAACUCGCACCCCAUGGCCGAGUGUGGGCCAUAUGCUCCUGGAGCAUGGACAACCCCACCCGAAUGUCCCAAUAAUGGAUGUUGCAGCUUGGCUGGGUUUUGUGGAAUUGAUGCCCAGUAUUGCGACCCACCGUUGUGUUAUUCCAAUUGUGGAUAUGGAACAUUACCCACGGUUUUUGCAUCCAGUUUUAAGAAUGUAGCAUAUUGGAUGGAUCUCCCCUUUGAUAUUUUACACAUGCAUGCAUCCGACAUUGACACUAAUAGAUUUGAAAUUGUCCAUUAUUCAUUUGCAAGGAUUAAUGAAGACUUUUCUAUUUCUGUUGGUUCUGGAUUUAAAGAUUUCCUAUUGUUAUCCCUGAAGAAAAUGAUUGCAAUUGGAGGUUCCAAUAUGGCUGCUGAUGCUUCUUUAAACCAAAGAUUCAAACUAGGUGUUUCUGAUGAGCACAGAGAGGAGUUAGCCGAUAGUAUCGUGGCUUUUAUUCAGGAACACAAUUUGGAUGGUGUUCAUUUGGAUUGGGAAUAUCCACAAACCAUUGAAGAAGGAAAGAAUUAUAAUCUUCUUUUCAAAGCCAUUAAAUCUAAGAUGUCAACCAAGGUUUCAAUUGCAUUGCCACCAACUUAUUUCCACCUUAAGAAUUUUCCCUUGCAGGAAAUGGAUGAAAAUAUGGAUUACUUCAUCUUGAUGAAUUACGAUUACUAUGGACAAUGGAAUUAUGACACAGGGUCAGGAGUUGGAUGUCAUGUUGACAAAGAAGAGACUAUAGAAUCGAUUAAGAUGAUUGUUAAAUCAGGAAUAAAUACUCGAAAAUUAUACGGAGGUGUAGCUAAUUAUGCCCGCACGUUUGAACUUGAGGAUCCUGGUUGUGAUGAUUUCGGGUGCCUAUUUACAGGUCCCGAGUCAGGAGCUGAUCCAGGAGAAUUGACAUUACUUCCUGGUAUAUUAAGCGAGAAUGAAUUGUUGAGUAUUCCAGAAGCAGAAAGAACUAUGUGGUAUGACGCUGAUUCCAAGUGCGAUAUCAUGGUUUAUAAGAAUGGGAGAAAUUGGGCUGCUUGGAUGGGAGAAGCUGAGAGGAAUAAUUUAAUUCAUUGGUACCAGUCAAUUGGGUUGGGCGGUACUGCCUUAUGGGCCAUUAAUUACGAAUUACCAGUUGACUAG